AGACGCGAGUAGUUCGACAGAGUCAGUUACAGAAGUCAGCGAUGAUAGUUCCUCUUCUUCUACAGACACUUCAGGUUCUGAUACAACGGAGUCAUUAGAAACUGGAAGUACUGAAACCACUGUGGAAAUAACCACGGAUUCAAGUGCAAGUAGUGAUGAAUCGACAAUAUCUACAGAGAGCUUAAGUACUGAGGGCUCGGGAGAUGAUACAACUGAUACUUCUCUAUCUACUGUCGAAACUAGUGAAAUAUCAACAUCUUCUGAUGAAAGUUCGGUUUCAACUGAACAAAUAUCUACCGAAAUUGGUUCAACAGAAGAAACAACAGAAAAUACUGCCACAACUGCGUCAGGUGAAACGUCGAGUACUGAAAUUGGAUCAACAGAUAGUUCCAUCAGCUCUACAGACAUGUCAAUGUCAACCAUGGAAAGCUCUACAGAUGUUUCCAUGUCAACAACUGAAAGCUCUACAGACAUUUCAAUGUCAUCCGAAGACACAACUAUUGAUAUUUGGUCAACCACCGAAGAUGACAGUGAAGGAACUACUUCGAGUAUACUUGAUAAUGUCUUUAGUAAAAAACCUAAGCAACGAAAAUGCAAGCCUAAAAAACCAAAGGAUUGUAAGACUUCUAAAUAUGGAUGUUGUCCUGAUAACAAAACUAAAGCUUCGGGACCAUUUGAUGAAGGAUGCCCAAUUGCUAAAACGUGCGCUGAAACUGAAUUUGGAUGUUGUCUUGAUGGUGUGUCUCCUGCAGCAGGCAAAAAUCAUAAAGGUUGUCCGAAGUCUCAGUGCGCUGAAACAUUAUUUGGAUGCUGUUCCGAUAAAUUUACUCCAGCUGAUGGCGAAAAUGAUGAAGGUUGUCCUGAACCAACAACUGAGCCUCCUACCACAACUACUGAAAUUCCUACGACGGAAACGGAAGAAGGAACAGAAGAAACCACUUCUGAAUCAGAAGUCACCAAUGUAUCUGAUCUCACGACUACAACUCCUGACGAAAGUGUUGUGAAGUCCUGUUCUUCUGCAGAGUUUGGUUGUUGUCCAGAUGGUAAAACGGAAGCUAAAGGUAAAAACUCUGAGGGUUGUGAUGGCGUUGAUUCAAAAGACUGUAAGAAUUCUGUUAAUGGAUGUUGCGAUGAUGGUCGUUCCUUUGCUACUGGUCCAAAUGGUGAGGGAUGCGCUAGUUGUACAAGAGAACAAUUUGGAUGCUGCCCUGAUAAUCAAACACCAGCACAUGGACCACUUGGUGAAGGUUGUUGCUUGAAUUCACCUUAUGGUUGCUGCCCCGAUAACAUCAAUAGUGCCCGCGGUCCUAACUUCGAAGACUGUGAUUGUAAUUAUACACCAUAUGGAUGUUGUCCUGACAAAAAAACAUCUGCUAGAGGUCCUAAUAACGAAGGUUGUGAUUGCACAACAACACAAUUUGGCUGUUGUCCCGAUAAAAUCACACCCGCAAGCGGACCUAAAUUUGAGGGCUGUGCUUGUCACACAAUGCAAUUUGGCUGUUGCCCUGAUGGCGUUACAUUUGCACAAGGUCCACAUCAUUAUGGAUGCCAUUGUUCUCAAACAGAGUUUCAAUGCUGUCCUGAUGAAAAAACACCAGCUAAAGGACCAAAUAGUGAGGGAUGUACGUGUUUGGAGAGUAAAUUUGGCUGUUGUCCAGAUGGAAUUAAUUCUGCUAAUGGAACCAAAUUUGAAGGUUGCGAAAAUGUUAAAGAACCACCACAAAAAGCAUGUGGUGCACCGAAAGAAACGGGUCCUUGCGGCAACUUCAGCAUUUGGUACUUCUUUGAUACCUCCUAUGGAGCUUGUGCACGAUUUUGGUAUGGUGGGUGCGAAGGUAAUGGCAAUAGAUUUGAAACUGAAGCAGAUUGCAAAGCAACAUGUCAGGAGUACAAAGGAAAAGAAACUUGCUUAUUACCGAAGAGUUCAGGUCCAUGCACAGGGUUUAAUAAAAAAUGGUACUUUGAUUCUGAACUUAACCGUUGCGAACAAUUCAAUUAUGGUGGUUGUUAUGGUACAAGUAACCGCUUUGAUAGCUUGGAAGAGUGUCAAUCGUUGUGUACAGUUAGCGAAAGCAUACCACCAUGUGAUCAACCUAUGGAUGAGGGUCCAUGUGAAGGCAAUUUUGAACGCUGGUUCUAUGAUAAUCAAACAGAUGUAUGUCGUCCAUUCAUAUACGGCGGUUGCAAAGGAAAUAAGAAUAAUUAUCCCACAGAACACGCUUGCACAUACCACUGCAGGCAACCGGGAAUACAUAAAGAAUAUUGUUCGCUUCCUAAGCAAACCGGUGAUUGCAGUGAACAACACGCCCGUUGGUACUACUCGGAAACUGACAAGAAGUGCAUGCCAUUCUACUACACAGGGUGUGGGGCCAAUAAAAAUAACUUCUUAUCAUUGGAAUCAUGUGAGGCUCAUUGCCCCAAGGAAGUUGCCAAGGAUGUUUGCGAAAUUCCUGCAGAAGUUGGCGAGUGUACCAAUUAUGUUGCCAUGUGGUACUUCGACACAAAAGAUGCUCGAUGUCGCCAGUUCUACUAUGGCGGUUGCGGUGGAAAUGGUAAUAAAUUUGCAACAGAAGAAGCAUGUCUCCAACAGUGUGAACGAAAACCUGAACCUGAACCUGAACCCGAACCAGAACCAGAAAGACCACCUCCACCACCUACCAGUGAUAAUAUCUGCAACUAUAAUGCAGAUCGUGGCACAUGUGAUAAUUAUGUUGUGCAAUGGUAUUACAAUACCAGCUUGGGCGGAUGCUACCAAUUUUAUUAUGGAGGAUGUGGAGGAAAUGAAAAUAGAUUUAACACUGAGUCAGAGUGCACUGAACGUUGUAUUGAACCCCCAUUGCCACCAGCACCACAUACACAAACUCCUGCGCCAACAGAACAAGAUUUAUGCCAAUCAGCCGCUGAUAUAGGUGAUUGUGAUCAGUAUGAGUUGAAGUGGUAUUUCAAUUCAAGCAUAGGAAUUUGCGCGCAAUUCUAUUAUGGCGGUUGUGGUGGAAAUAAUAACAGGUUUGAAAAUGAACAGGAUUGUAAUAGCCGAUGUGCUCCGCAAAUUGAUACUCGACUUGGGCAACCUGAAACAAAUGCAAAGCCUGAAAUUGAGCAACCAAGUGAGGGAGAAAAAUGUUAUUUGUAUCCUGAAAAAGGCGACUGUAAUGAUAACCAGAAUCGUUGGUAUUACAAUAGCCAAGAAGGUUUUUGCGAUGAAUUUAUAUACAGCGGUUGCGGUGGCAAUGCCAAUAAUUAUGAAAGCGAAGAUGAAUGCCAAAAUGCAUGCUUUGAUGUUCAAGCAACAUGCUCUCUGCCACCUUUCGAAGGAAGAUGCAAUGAAAGCCUGACUAGAUGGUAUUAUGAUGAACGCUCUCAGAAAUGUCAUGAUUUCAUAUUCACUGGAUGUCGCGCGAAUAAAAAUAACUUCUUUACUGAAAACGAAUGUUUGGAUUAUUGUGGUCAUAGUGUUCCAGCAGUACCUGAAGAGCCACCGAGUUAUUCAGUUUGCGAUUUGCCAGUGGAUGCAGGAGAAUGCGAAAAUUAUACCGCUGCUUGGUACUAUGAUAGAAAUACUAUGGCAUGUACUGAAUUUACUUUCUCAGGAUGUGGUGGCAAUGGUAAUAGGUUUACAAGCAAGGAACUAUGCGAUCGUCAAUGCGGUGAAUUCAAAGGAAUGGACGUAUGCAAUGAGCCAGUUAUGACUGGACCCUGCCGACAAUGGCAGACGCGUUUCUAUUACAAUAAAGCGACUGGUACAUGUGAUCCAUUCACUUAUGGCGGAUGUGAUGGAACCGGUAACAGAUUUGAAAGUCGCUCUGAAUGUCAAUCGGUUUGUAUUGUAGGUCAGGAACCAGUAGUACAAGAAAAUAAAGAUAUAUGCAAAUUACCAGCGAGUACUGGAAAGUGCGAUGGACCUUCGAUAUUUGAGCGUCGUUGGUUUUAUGAUGACGAAAGAGGCACAUGCGUAUCCUUUAUUUACAGUGGUUGCUCUGGCAAUCAAAAUAAUUUCCGUUCAUAUGAGUCUUGUUAUGAUUAUUGUGCAAAACCGUUGCAUCCUCAACAACCAGACGACCAAACUAAUGAAGUCCUGCCGAAUAAAUGCGAAACCUACGAAGAUGAAUGUCGUCAGUUACGUUGUGCCUUUGGUAUGCGUCGCGUUGCUUCUGAAGACGGAUGCUCACGUUGUGUAUGUGAGAACCCUUGCGAACAACAGUCUUGUCCAGAAGGUCAACGAUGUGCUGUAGACAUAUCUAGCGAUACUAAUCGACAAUUCGAAGCCGUAUGCCGAGAUAUUAAUAAGCCAGGAGAGUGUCCAUCAACAUUAGCAAACUCCAGUAAUUGCGCACGUGAGUGCUACACAGAUGCGGACUGCCGUGGUGAAAAUAAGUGUUGUAGUGAUGACUGCGGAGCAAUAUGUGUACAUCCUUCACAACCCACGCCAGUAACAUCACGACCCACAACAACUCCAGUAGUUACUUACCCAAGUGAUGCAAAGGCAGCUUUAGAACCGAAAAAACCACAGGAAGUGAAUGUACAGGCCGCUGUAGGUGGUAUUGCUGUAUUACGUUGUUAUGCUACUGGUAGUCCAGCACCCAAUGUAACAUGGUCUCGGCAAAAUGUGCUGAUCAAUACUAAUCAAGGACGUUACCUGCUUACGGCAUCCGGUGACUUGACCAUUGUACAGGUGCGCCAAACUGAUACUGGCUCAUAUGUCUGUGUUGCAAGCAAUGGCCUAGGUGAACCUGUGCGACGUGAAGUAGAGCUUCAAAUUACAGAACCUAAAGAAAUACCUUCAUACAUAUAUGGUGAUAAGAAUGGUACACAGAUUGUUACACUCAAUAGUCCUGCCUUAGUUCGCUGUCCAGCUGGUGGACACCCUGCUCCACAUGUGAGUUGGUGGCGCCAUCGCAAACACUUGGGUCUAAUAAGCGAUAAAUUUGAACUUACCCGUGAUUAUUCCCUUAUGUUCCGUUCAGUCCAAUUAGUUGACUUGGGUCCGUAUACUUGCGAAGUGUAUAACGGAAUUGGUAAGCCGUCUUCUAUGAAUAUUGUGCUUAAGGCUGUAGGUCCUGCACGUGCUGUUAAUAACGAAGACUCUGCUUAUUUGCAAUAUAUUAUUGAUCCGGCAAGAAUACCAACAACGGCAAGACCUGCGUAUCCUUACCGACAGACACCAAGUUAUAUACCACCACAACCACCAAUUGAGGUGGAGCCACCAACUCGUCCACAAGUGGUACCGGUGCAAGUGGUUUUAGGCUUGGAUCCUAGAAAUAAUUAUACUCCAGGCUCAACAAUUGCUUUAAGUUGCUCUGUACAAGGAUUCCCAACACCAGAUGUAACAUGGAUAAAAGACUCAGCUCCAUUACUGCCAAGUGAUCGAAUACAAAUUACAACAAAUCCAUAUCGUCUGGUUGUAAACAAUAUUACUGCUGAAGAUGCGGGCAUGUAUGGCUGCGUCGCUAAAAAUUCAGUCAGCUAUAAUAUUGCUGAAGAAAAAAUAAAUGUUGAAUCCUCAAUUCAAGUUCAUCCAGAAUGUGUGGAUAAUCCUUACUUUGCGAACUGCGCGCUGAUUGUUCGAGGAAGAUACUGCAGUAAUCAGUACUACGCUAAAUUCUGUUGCAGAUCUUGUACACUAGCUGGUCAGAUUAUCCCGUCACAUCCUAAUGCUCUUUAAGCAAUAAAGCAGCCAAAGUUAGCGUAAAUGAAGAACGUUAAAUUGUAAUCACACACUAAUUUCACUGACUAAAAAAGUUACUGAAAUUAAAAAAAUAGAAACGAAUUUUUUGCAUGCUUGUUCGCACAGAGCAAAUCCGGCUCAGGCCCAAGUAAGCGUAUUAAACUAGGUUAAAAUUAUGUUGAAAGCAUCAAUUGUUUAGUUUAUAACAAUAAUAGAAAUACCUAAUACUGAAAUACUUAAUAAACUAAAAACAUUGAAAUAAAUGGAGAAAUUUAUAAUAUAUAACUUAGAAUUUGUUAAGUGCAGCCAUUAAAAACGAUCAUAGUUUCUGUGAAGAUAAUUAGCUUUGUAAUUUGUUCCUAUUUAUUGCUCAAACUAAUCAUAAUAAAAAAGAUAUAGAUUCUAUGUUGAUAGACCUCUAUGUAUAAACUAUAAACGAAUGAUUAAUAAUAAUUUUAUUUCGAUAUUUAAUUAAAUAAAUAAAUUUCCAAGUGCCUUUUUUUAUACUUUUAAAUUUGUGCAUUGAUUUAAAAUUGUAAGAAAAAUUCGUUUAGAAAAUAAUUUGUAAAUAAAUUUGAU